AUGCCAAAAAAACUAACCUCGGAUUCGGAUUCCUUGACCGCGAUUACCCUGGGGAAUGAAAAGAAUUCAUUUCAAUUUCUUGAUGAUAUUUCAUUACGUGCUGGUGCAUUAUUUACUAAUCCAUAUUUUAACAAGAAUAUAACUGCGAAAGUUUGUGCACGAGUUUUUGGUGAACAACAAGAUGCAACUGAAGAUAUUGAAGAAUUUUCUAAAAUAACUUCACUUAAUCUUCGACCUCAACUUCAACUUCAUGGUUUACUUUCAUUUGAUUCUUAUAUGGAAUCUAAUGUUCAUCGAGAGAACUAUCAUGCAACAAAAGCAAGUGAAACUGAUCCGGAAAUUUAUCGUCUUCAUGUCUUUCUUGUUACAAUAAAACUUCUUCAUGAAUUAUUCCAUUGUUUAACUCCAUCGUUUAUUGAUUAUCGAAAUCAACAAAGAUCAGAUUUAAAACUUCUGGUCGAAACACCACCCGACAUGGGACGAAAAGGAUUAACUACUACUGAACGAAAACGAGGAGGAAGAGGAAUUCGAUUCAUUGGUGAUAUGGGUUUUGCAAUGGAAGAAAUUCUUUUUAAUGGAGCACGUCUUUUUCAUCAUCCAUUAUCUGGUGAUUUUCAUUUUCUCAUCAAUAAAUUGUAUUCGCAAGAAUACGAGAGCAAAACUUGUCGAACAACUAAUUAUGACAUAAAUAUUAUGUCAAUUUGGUCAACAUUUAUGUCUCCCGAAAAUUUAUUUACAUUUCGAGAUAUAAAACAAUAG